AGGCGGCGUCAUCAUGAAGCCGCGGUCCCGGGAGGGCGAGGAGGCCGCGCCACGUCCUGCGGGCUUCCCAGGGGCGGAGGAAGCAGAGGAAGCCCAAGAGUCUUUCGAUGCGGAUUCGGACUCCGACCUGGAGACCGAAGACACCCACGAUCUUGGAGAACUGGUGAAGGACACGCUCUACCUGAGCUCUUGCAGGGCUCAUGGAGUUGUGCCUGCCUCCUGCUUUUUGCGCAAAGGGAAGUCCCCAGAGCUGAAUCUGCGGCACCGUGGCCUGGGGCCUCAGGGGGCCCAGGCUCUGGCUGCCGCCUUGGCCGUCGAUGUUUAUAUCCAGAGGCUGGACCUUCGGGACAACGAACUCCGCGAGGCUGGUGCCCGGGCGCUCGCGGCAGUCCUGAGCAGAAGCAGCACGCUCUGUGAUGUGGACCUGUCGGAAAACCAGCUGGGAGCAGCAGGAGCCCGUACCAUCUGUGCCGCCCUGGCAGCCAGCCCCAGCAUCUGGAGGGCACAGCUGGCAGGGAACGGGUUGGAGGAGCAAGCUGCCCGCUCGCUCGCUGACCUCCUGCUCACCCACACCCGCCUGAAGUGCCUGGACCUGAGCUAUAACCAGCUGAACGACCGAGCAGGGGAGAUGCUUGGACCAGCCCUAGCAGAAAACACAGGACUCACGGAGCUUAACAUAAGCUGGAAUCACCUCCGAGGCCCAGGAGCUGUGGCCUUCGCCAGAGGACUGGAGGCCAACAUCUUCCUGAAAGUUCUGGACAUCUCCUACAAUGGCUUUGGGGACCCUGGAGCUGCUGCAGUGGGUGAAGCCCUUAAGACCAACAAUGUGUUAGAGGAGCUCUACAUGAGCAACAACCGCAUCUCGGCGGAUGGAGCUGUGAACCUGGGCCUGGGCCUUGGGGUCAAUCAGACACUCAGGAAACUCGCAGUAUCCAGGAACCCCAUGCAAAGUAAAGGCUGCUUGGGCCUCCUCAAGUCUGUGCAGAAUAAUCCCGUGUCUGCCCUGGAGCUGCUGGACUUCUCUGAUAUUCAGGUGAACCGAGAGUUUGAUGCCCUCGCUAACUCCGUGAAGACCAUUCUUCCUGGGCUCCGCAUAAACACGGCUGCUCGAAGAGUGGAGUACAAAAGAGAGCUGCUGCCUGUCGCCAGCCCCACCCUGCCGGCAUCUGCCCCUCAGUGACUGUGGAUCUUGUUUCCUCCUUUCCUAUGGGACACUUUGACUUCCACAUGGAGGAUUCUGGGCUGUGAGAUGCCCGAGUGUCAUCUUGUCAUCCAGGUGGAAAAAUCGAUGGUAUUUUUUCCAUCCACAAAUGGAUGGAACUAGAGGGUACCAUGAGUGAACUCAGUUAGAAGAAAAGGAACAGAUGCAGAAUGAUCUCUCUCAUAUGUGGGAUUUAAAGAUACACGGUGAGGUAACAACAAAGGACCAAAGGCAACAUAAUGUGAGAACUCAUCCACACUACUGA